GGGUUCGAGCUUGUGUUCCCCCGGAAGGGUGAGUCUGGAUGCGGGCGCGGAAGGGGCGCGGCCGGAGGUCCUCAGGAAGGAGGCUCGGGGACUGGCUGCGCUUGACAGGCUGCACUUGGAUGGGAGCACCUGGUGCUUCGGGACUGCUCCGAUGCCUGCUGAGCCGCCUGCCGGGAGCAUGCCUCUGCGCCACUGGGGGACGGCCAGGGGCAGCAAGCCUGUUGGGGAUGGAGCCCAGCCCAUGGCUGCCAUGGGGGGCCUGAAGGUGCUUCUGCACUGGGCUGGUCCAGGCGGUGGGGAGCCCUGGGUCACUUUCAGUGAGUCAUCGCUGACAGCUGAGGAAGUCUGCAUCCACAUUGCACAUAAAGUUGGUAUCACUCCUCCUUGUUUCAAUCUCUUCGCCCUCUUCGAUGCUCAAGCCCAAGUCUGGUUGCCCCCAAACCACAUCCUGGAGAUCCCCAGAGACGCAAGUCUGAUGCUAUAUUUCCGCAUAAGGUUUUAUUUCCGGAACUGGCAUGGCAUGAAUCCUCAGGAACCGGCUGUGUACCGUUGUGGGCCCCCAGGAACCGAGGCAUCUUCAGAUCACACAGCACAGGGGAUGCAACUCCUGGACCCAGCCUCAUUUGAGUACCUCUUUGAGCAGGGCAAGCAUGAGUUUGUGAAUGACGUGGCAUCACUGUGGGAGCUGUCGAGCGAGGAGGAGAUCCACCACUUUAAGAAUGAGAGCCUGGGCAUGGCCUUUCUGCACCUCUGUCACCUCGCUCUCCGCCAUGGCAUCCCCCUGGAGGAGGUGGCCAAGAAGACCAGCUUCAAGGACUGCAUCCCGCGCUCCUUCCGUCGGCAUAUCCGGCAGCACAGCGCCCUGACCCGGCUGCGCCUUCGGAACGUCUUCCGCAGGUUCCUGCGGGACUUCCAGCCGGGCCGACUCUCCCAGCAGAUGGUCAUGGUCAAAUACCUAGCCACACUCGAGCGGCUGGCACCCCGCUUUGGCACAGAGCGUGUGCCCGUGUGCCACCUGAGGCUGCUGGCCCAGGCUGAGGGGGAGCCCUGCUACAUCAGGGACAGUGGGGAGGCCCCUACAGACCCUGGCCCUGAGUCUGCUGCUGGGCCCCCAACCCACGAGGUGCUGGUGACAGGCACUGGUGGCAUCCAGUGGUGGCCAGUACAGGAGGAGGUGAACAAGGAGGAGGUGAGUAAGGCUUCUAGUGGUAGCAGUGGCAGGAACCUCCAAGCCAGCCUGUCUGGGAGGAAGGCCAAGGCUCACAAGGCAGUUGGCCAGCCGGCGGACAGGCCCCAGGAGCCACUGUGGGCCUACUUCUGCGACUUCCGGGACAUCACCCACGUGGUGCUGAAAGAGCGCAGUGUCAGCAUCCACCGGCAGGACAACAAGUGCCUGGAGCUGAGUCUGCCUUCCCGGGCUGCGGCGCUGUCCUUCGUGUCGCUGGUGGACGGCUAUUUCCGCCUGACGGCCGACUCCAGCCACUACCUGUGCCAUGAGGUGGCUCCCCCACGGCUGGUGAUGAGCAUCCGGGAUGGGAUCCACGGACCUCUGCUGGAGCCAUUUGUGCAGGCCAAGCUGCGGCCCGAGGACGGCCUGUAUCUCAUUCACUGGAGCACCAGCCACCCCUACCGCCUGAUCCUCACAGUGGCCCAGCGUAGCCAGGCACCAGACGGCAUGCAGAGCUUGCGGCUCCGGAAGUUCCCCAUAGAGCAGCAGAACGGGGCCUUCGUGCUGGAGGGCUGGGGCCGGUCCUUCCCCAGCGUUCGGGAACUUGGGGCUGCCUUGCAGGGCUGCUUGCUGAGGGCCGGGGAUGACUGCUUCUCUCUGCGUCGCUGUUGCCUGCCCCAACCAGGAGAAACCUCCAAUCUCAUCAUCAUGCGGGGGGCUCGGGCCAGCAGCGGGACAUUCAACCUCAGCCAGCUCAGCUUCCACCGGGUUGACCAGAAGGAGAUCACCCAGCUGUCCCACUUGGGCCAGGGCACAAGGACCAAUGUGUAUGAGGGCCGCCUGCGAGUGGAGGGCAGCGGGGACCCUGAGGAGGGCAAGAUGGAUGACGAGGACCCCCUCGUGCCUGGCAGGGACCGUGGGCAGGAGCUACGAGUGGUGCUCAAAGUGCUGGACCCUAGUCACCAUGACAUUGCCCUGGCCUUCUACGAGACAGCCAGCCUCAUGAGCCAGGUCUCCCACGCGCACCUGGCCUUCGUGCAUGGCGUCUGUGUGCGUGGUCCUGAAAAUAUCAUGGUGACAGAGUACGUGGAGCACGGACCCCUGGAUGUGUGGUUGCGGAGGGAGCGGGGCCAUGUGCCCAUGGCUUGGAAGAUGAUGGUGGCCCAGCAGCUGGCCAGUGCCCUCAGCUACCUGGAGAACAAGAACCUUGUUCAUGGUAAUGUGUGUGGCCGGAACAUCCUGCUGGCCCGGCUGGGGCUGGCAGAGGGCACCAGCCCCUUCAUCAAGCUGAGUGAUCCCGGCGUGGGCCUGGGCGCCCUCUCCAGGGAGGAGCGGGUGGACAGGAUCCCCUGGAUGGCCCCCGAAUGCCUACCAGGUGGGCCCAACAGCCUAAGCACCGCCAUGGACAAGUGGGGGUUUGGUGCCACCCUCCUGGAGAUCUGCUUUGACGGAGAGGCCCCUCUGCAGAGCCGCAACCCCUCCGAGAAGGAGCAUUUCUACCAGAGGCAGCACCGGCUGCCUGAGCCCUCCUGCCCAGAGCUGGCCACACUCACCAGCCAGUGUCUGACCUAUGAGCCAACCCAGAGGCCAUCAUUCCGCACCAUCCUGCGUGACCUCACCCGGCUGCAGCCCCACACUCUUCCAGAUCUUGCUGACAUCUUGACUGUGAACCCGGACUCACUGGCGUCAGACCCUACGGUUUUCCACAAGCGCUAUUUGAAAAAGAUCCGAGAUCUGGGCGAGGGUCACUUCGGCAAGGUCAGCUUGUACUGCUACGAUCCGACCAACGACGGCACUGGCGAGAUGGUGGCGGUGAAAGCCCUCAAGGCAGACUGCGGCCCCCAGCACCGCUUGGGCUGGAAGCAGGAGAUUGACAUUCUGCGCAAGCUCUAUCACGAGCACAUCGUCAAGUACAAGGGCUGCUGCGAGGACCAAGGCGAGAAGUCGCUGCAGCUGGUCAUGGAGUACGUGCCCCUGGGCAGCCUCCGAGACUACCUGCCCCGGCACAGCGUCGGGCUGGCCCAGCUGCUGCUCUUCGCCCAGCAGAUCUGCGAGGGCAUGGCCUAUCUGCACGCGCAGCACUACAUCCACCGAGACCUAGCCGCGCGCAACGUGCUUCUGGACAACGACAGGCUGGUCAAGAUCGGGGACUUUGGCCUAGCCAAAGCCGUGCCCGAAGGCCACGAGUACUACCGCGUGCGCGAGGAUGGGGACAGCCCCGUGUUCUGGUAUGCCCCAGAGUGCCUGAAGGAGUAUAAGUUCUACUAUGCGUCCGAUGUCUGGUCGUUCGGGGUGACCCUGUAUGAGCUGCUGACGCACUGUGACUCCAGCCAGAGCCCCCCUACGAAAUUCCUUGAGCUCAUAGGCGUUGCUCAGGGUCAGAUGACAGUUCUGAGACUCACCGAGUUGCUGGAACGAGGGGAGAGGCUGCCACGGCCCAACAAAUGUCCCUGUGAGGUCUAUCAUCUCAUGAAGAACUGCUGGGAGACAGAGGCGUCCUUCCGCCCAACCUUUGAGAACCUCAUACCCAUCCUGAAGACAGUCCAUGAGAAGUACCAAGGCCAGGCUCCUUCAGUGUUCAGCGUGUGCUGAGGCACAAUGACAGCCCUGCCUGGGAGGAUUGGACCAGGCAGUGGCUGCAGAGGGAGCCUCCUGCUCCCUGCCCCAGGAUGAAACCAAGAGGGGGAUGUCAGCCACACCCACACCGUGUGCCUUACUCCUGUCUGGAGACCCCACCUCUGUGAACUUACUUUUCUUCCAUGGCCGUGAGCCUAACCAUGAUCUUGAGGGACCCAACAUUUGUAGGGGCACUAAUCCGGCCCUUAAAUCCCCCAGCUUCCAGACUUGAGGCCCACCAUCUCCACUAUCUGGUAAUAAACUCCUGUUUUCUCUGCUGGA